AUGGCAGUAGAAAACAAAAAUACUUACCCUCAACCCAACCACCAAGAAAAAGAAAAUAAUGACAAUAGCGUUACUUGGCAACGAUACAAUUAUUCACCCCCUAUAAGUUCAGACAGCAGCAAUGAUGAAAUUGACGAAAUCCUUAGAACAAUUAACCAAAAGGGCGGAAAACUCAGUGGUGGCGUUCAGGCUAGCAGAUUUGAAAAACCGGACCCAAACCGGCAAA